CAUCCUCUGCCUCCACACCGUACCCCGCUCCCUGUCCCGGUCCUCACCUCACCUCCUGCUCCAGCCCGGUCCCCGCCGAGCCCCGCGAUGCCGCUGCCCGCGCUGCUGCUGGUGUGCGCCGUGGCCUCCGCCGCCUCCCCGCGGGGCCGCUCUCCGCUGCGCCUGGCGGGGCUGUUCCCGAUGCACGGCGCGCCGCCGCCCGCCGCCCGCCCCGCGCUGCCGCUCUGCGACCGCCCUGCUGCCUUCAAGAACCACGGGUACUGCCUGUCCCAGGCCAUGCGCUUUGCCCUUGAGGAGAUCAACAAUUCCAGCUGCCUCCUGCCCGGCAUCUCCCUGGGCUACGACAUCCACGACACCUGCUCGGAGCCCGCCAGCCUCCGCGCCACGCUGCGUGCCCUGGCCCGUGGGGACAGCCAGGACAUCCAGCUGCUCCCCUCUUUCCGGCACUACCAGCCCCGGGUGGUGGCGGUCAUCGGGCCCGACAGCACCCGGCUGGCCCUCACCACGGCUGCUGUUCUCGGAGUCUUCCUCAUCCCAGAGAUCAGCUAUGAGGCCUCCCUGGAGACGCUGAGCCUGAAGCGGUACUACCCCUCGUUCCUGCGCACCAUCCCCAGCGACAGGCAGCAGGUGAACGCCAUCUUCCUGCUGCUGCAGCGCUUCGGCUGGACCUGGGUCGCGCUGCUGGGCAGCAACAACGCCUACGGCAGGGACGGCCUGGACACGCUCAACAAGAUGCUGGCAGCCAGCGAGGUGUGUGUCGCCUACCGAGGCAUCAUCCCCCUCAACCAGGAUUCCAAUAGUCCAGAGCUCCACAAUCUGGCCAGAAUCCUCACGGAGGUCAAGGUCAACGUCACUGUCGUCUUCGCCACCAAAGGAAGCGCCCGCGCGUUCUUUGAGGUCGUGGUCCAGAGGAACGUCACGGGCAUGGUGUGGGUGGGCUCUGAAGACUGGUCGUUAGCACAAACAAUCUGGCAGGUGCCGGGCAUCCAGGGGAUCGGCUCGGUGAUUGGGAUGUCGGUUGAGAAGACAGAGCCCAUGAUGCUGGAACGCUUCAAAUCUUGGAAGGCGGCAGAGGAAAGCGCUGCAGCUGAAUGCGCAGGCAGCAUGGGGGCAGACGGGGAAAUGGAAGGGAGCGCCCAGCUGGAAUGCACCCAGCGCUGCACUGGCUGCCACUUGCUUGCCACUGCCCCUGAUGCAUAUGAUGCUCAAGCCUCCUUCAACGUCUACUCGGCCGUCUACGCCGUGGCCCACGGCCUCCAUGACCUGCUGGGCUGUGCCUCGGGGGCCUGCAGCAACGCCACAGUCUAUCCCUGGCAGCUCCUACAGAAAAUCAAGCAAGUGAACUUCACCCUAUACAACAGCCGCAUCUCUUUUGAUGCCAACGGAGACAUUCGUAAAGGCUACAACAUCAUCAUGUGGAACUGGAGCGGCACGAACUGGGCGUUCGACGUGAUAGGAAAGUUCAGUAUAAACCCCGACCGGUUGAGCAUUGACCAGGGCAGAAUGCUGUGGCACACCAAAGAUCACCAGGCUCCCACCUCGAUCUGCUCCCAGGCCUGUCAGCCAGGAGAGAAGCGGCUGCAGCAGAGUCGCCACCGGUGCUGCUUCAGCUGCGUGGCCUGUCCGGCAGGAACCUUCCUGAACAGAUCUGACCUCUACAGCUGCCAGUCCUGCAGGCUGGACGAAUGGGCCCCGCCGAGGAGUGAAGUGUGCUUCAGCCGCACCGUUGAGUUCCUGUCCUGGUCUGAGCCCAUCUCCUUGGUGCUGCUGACCACUACCAUCCUCCUCCUGGUGCUCAUGGCAGGGCUGGCCGUCCUCUUUGCCAUGAAUGCUUCCACACCGGUAGCGAAAUCUGCGGGAGGGAAGAUGUGCUUCCUCAUGCUGGGCGCUCUGGCCUGCACCUGCAGCAGCCUCCUCUGCUACAUUGGGGAGCCCACCCGGCCCAAGUACCUGCUGCGGCUCUCUGUCUUUGCCAUCAGCUUCACCCUCUUCCUCUCAUGUGUGGCCACGCGCUCCUUCCAGAUCAUCUGCAUCUUCAAGCUGAACGCGCGCUGGCCGGCUCUCUACGAGGCGUGGGUUCGGCGUCGGGGCCCAGUGCUCUUCGUGGCCACCACCACGGCGGCCCAGGCUGUGCUGUGCCUGGCCAUGGAGGCCGCCAACCCCUCAGUGCCGCACAGGGACUACAGCUCAUUGGCCGAGCGGGUGCUGCUGGAGUGUGGCCCCAGCACAGCGGUGAACGAGACGACGGCCAUCGGCUACACUGUGCUGCUCAGCGCCUGCUGCUUCAUCCUCAGCUAUGCAGGCAAGGACCUGCCCGCCAGCUACAACGAGGCCAAGUGCCUCACCUGCGCCCUGCUCCUGCACCUCACCUGCUCCGCUGCCAUCUUCUGCACGCAGAGGGCCUUCCGCGGGCGGAAUGAGGCAAUAGUCCGGGCGCUGGGGGUCCUCUGCACGCUGGCUUCGCUGCUAGGCGGCUAUUUCCUCCCGAAGGCCUUCAUUAUCCUGUUACGGCCGCACCUCAACACCAACGAGCACUUCCAGAUGGCGAUCCAGCGUUACACGCGGCGCCUGGCCGAUUCCUGAGCCGC